AUGUCCUCCAAUGUCGAUACAGCGCUGGAGACGGGGCUGAAGCCACGUGACAGUGACGACAGUGAAGAAGGGCAAGGGAAUGACAUGAGUCUUCAAGAUAGUGCUUUUAGUUUGGAUGAGGAGGAAAAGGUUGUCGAGGAAGAUGCUGACAGACUUGAUGAAAGCGAGAACGAACAUGACUUGGAAAAUAGUGAUGCUGGAGGUGAUACUGAUGAUACUGAUGAACAAGAAACCGAUGGAAUGGAGUCAGACAGUGAGAUAAAGUGUGGUUCAGAUGCUCCUCCAAGAAAGCGAUUGAAGAAGCAGAAACGCCGUUGGAAAAGAAUACGGAACCCCUUGGAAGAGUCAGACAGUGACGACAGUGAAGAAGAAGAGAAGAGGAAUGACACGAGUCUUCUAGACAUUGCUCUUAGUUGCGAUGAUGAGGAAAAGGGUAUCGAGGAAGAUGCUGACAAAGAUGACGAAAGCGAGAACGAACAUGACUGGGAAAAUAGUGAUGGAGAUGAUACUGAUGAACAAGAAACCGAUGCAAUGGAGUCAGACAGUGGGAUAAAGUGUGGUUCAGAUGCUCCUCCAAGGAAGCGAUUGAAGAAGCAAAAACGCCGUUGGAAAAGAAUACAGAACACCUUGGAAGAGUCAGGUAAAUUGAUUGAUUACAACAAAAAAAGCAGGCAACCAUUUCUUUCGAAAAAUGGCUGGCGAUGGCUUUGA